AAAUACCGGUACCAGGAUGAAGAUACACCUCCACAGGAGCACAGUUCUCCCCACAUUACCAGUGAGGUCACGGGUCCAGAGCUGGUUCAUGUAUCAGAGAAGAACCUGUCACAGAUUGAGAAUGUCCAUGGGUUUGUUUCCCAUUCUCAUAUUUCACCAGUAAAGCCCACAGAAGCUGUUCCUUCCUCUUCUCCCAUUGUCCCUGUGAUCCCUGUCCCACCAGUCCCUGCUGAGACCACUGUCAUCCCAUCCACCAUACCACAGGCAAACCCUCCUCCCGUGUUGGUGAAUACAGAUUCUUUGGAGACACCAACAUACGUCAAUGGCACAGAUGCAGAUUAUGAGUAUGAAGAAAUUACUCUUGAAAGGGGAAAUUCAGGACUUGGCUUUAGCAUUGCAGGUGGUACAGACAACCCACAUAUUGGGGAUGAUUCAAGUAUUUUUAUUACAAAAAUUAUAGCCGGGGGUGCAGCUGCACAGGAUGGAAGAUUACGGGUUAACGAUUGUAUUCUACGAGUAAAUGAGGUGGAUGUUCGUGAUGUGACACACAGUAAAGCAGUUGAAGCACUGAAAGAAGCGGGAUCAAUUGUAAGAUUGUAUGUCAAAAGAAGAAAACCAGUCACAGAAAAAAUAGUGGAAAUCAAACUUGUAAAAGGGCCUAAAGGUCUUGGUUUCAGUAUUGCCGGUGGUGUGGGAAAUCAGCAUAUACCUGGAGACAACAGCAUAUAUGUAACCAAAAUCAUUGAAGGCGGGGCAGCACAUAAGGAUGGCAAGCUUCAGAUUGGAGACAAACUUUUAGCUGUGAACAGUGUUUGCUUAGAAGAAGUUACUCAUGAAGAAGCAGUGACUGCCUUAAAAAACACAUCUGACUUUGUUUAUCUGAAAGUUGCAAAACCCACCAGCAUGUUCAUGAAUGACAGUUAUGCCCCUCCUGACAUCACGAACUCUUAUUCUCAGCCAGUGGAUAACCAUAUCACUCCAUCUGCCUAUCUGGGACAGUCUCUGCCCCCAGCAUCACCAGGGCGAUACUCACCGAUUCCCAAGGGAAUGCUUGGAGAUGAUGAGAUUACCAGGGAGCCCAGAAAGGUUGUCCUGCAUCGAGGAUCAACAGGUCUUGGUUUCAACAUCGUUGGAGGAGAAGAUGGAGAAGGAAUUUUCAUCUCUUUUAUCCUUGCAGGAGGGCCCAGCUGA